CAGAUGUUUCAGACACAUUUCAGCCUCUGCUCUGGGAAUUUAUCCUGAGCAGCCCCUAACAGGCUAUUCCUUCUCUACAACUGAGAUAUGGUCAUCUUAAUUUACUUAUUUGUCUUGCUGUGGGAAGAGGCUCACGGAUGGGGAUUCAAGAAUGGAAUUUUUCAUAACUCCAUAUGGCUUGAACAAGCAGCAGGCGUGUACCACAGAGAAGCACGGUCUGGCAAGUACAAGCUCACCUACGCAGAAGCGAAGGCGGUGUGUGAAUAUGAAGGUGGCCAUCUUGCUACCUACAAGCAGUUAGAGGCAGCCAGAAAAAUUGGAUUUCAUAUCUGUGCUGCUGGGUGGAUGGCCAAGGGCAGAGUUGGAUACCCCAUUGUGAAGCCAGGGCCCAACUGUGGAUUUGGAAAAACCGGUAUUAUUGAUUACGGAGUCCGUCUGAACAGAAGUGAAAGAUGGGAUGCUUAUUGCUACAACCCACAUGCAAAGGAGUGUGGUGGUGUCUUCACAGAUCCAAAGCAAAUUUUUAAAUCUCCAGGCUUCCCAAAUGAGUAUGAUGAUAACCAAAUCUGCUACUGGCACAUUAGACUCAAGUAUGGUCAGCGUAUUCACCUGAGUUUUUUGGACUUUGACCUUGAAGAUGACCCAGCUUGCUUGGCUGACUAUGUUGAAAUAUAUGACAGUUACGAUGAUGUCCAUGGCUUUGUGGGCAGAUACUGUGGAGAUGAGCUUCCAGAAGACAUCAUUAGUACAGGAAAUGUCAUGACCCUGAAGUUUCUAAGUGAUGCUUCAGUGACAGCAGGAGGUUUCCAAAUCAAAUAUGUUGCAGUGGAUCCUCUAUCCAAAUCCAGUCAAGGAAAGAAUACAAGUACUACUUCUCCUGGAAAUAAAAACUUUUUAGCUGGAAGAUUUAGCCAUUUAUAAAGCAAAGAAAGACAUUCCAUAUUUAUGUUUCUAUCUUUUGGAGCCCCUUUGAUCUCACUUUUAUAUUAUUAUUAUUAUUAACAUUUAUUUAUUAUUUUUCUAAAUGUGAAAGCAAUACCUGAUAAUUUGGGAAAAAUUGGAAAAUAAAGAAAACUUUAAAUGAGAGAAUAAAAUCUCCCAUAAUACCAUUGCAUAAAAAUAACAAGCAUUAUUAACAUUCAUAUAUUUUUCUUUUAGUCAUUUUUUGAUUUGUGGUAUAUGUAUAUAUGCAUCUAUAUGUAUUUGUAUUUCAAAUUUUGGAGUGCUGCUCUAUGUACAAUUUGAUAUCUUGGAUUUUUUACCAUUGAACUUUAUGGUGUACACGUUUUCCCCUAUCAUUGAGUAUUCUGCAAAAACAUGAUUUUGAACAUGAUUUCAUUUACGGUAUUCUGUAAACUGUCCAUGCUAUGAUUGUUCCAUACUUUAUGUAAACCUGUCUCCAUUGUGGGAAUUAUAGGUAGUUUUCAUAAAUAUUGUUUCAAUAAACAUCCUUGGACAUA